AUGAACGGCGCCACGUGCACAACGGCAGACUUUGUAUUCUUUGACGAACUGGUUCAUACGCCGAUGUGGGCCAACUGCUCGAGCGUUCCCAAAGCCACGCUGCUCUCUAUUGUACCAGAAGACUACGACAGUGCCAUGAAGUUGUGCGCAUCCGACAACUGCACUUCGUUCGUCAACUCGUUGUCACAUCUUUGGCCCAAGUGCGCCCACGAUGAGGAGAAUGGUGAGCUGAUCCCCAGCUUCAACGAGAUUUUUAGCUGCACACCGUCCCCCCGCGACGAGCCGUGCGCCAUGGUGGACAUUUUCAAAAUGAAAAAACUGACCGAGACGACGCCUAUCUGGACCAACUGCUCCAAGUACCUCGGCCUUGCAGUAGACGCGACGUUCGCCACGAUCGGACCGGACCGCCUUGAAGACGCAGCUGUUCCGUCCGGCUAUUGCGUGUCGCCGUGCCCAGCGUACAUCUUGUACGUGCUGAAGCACGUGAUGCCGCCGUGCACAUUCCAACACCCCGUUGUGAACCCCACGCCGUUGUACAGUCUCUGUCCGUCCACGCGACCACCUUCAAGCGCGAUGGGUCGCGCGCUCGGUAGCAGCACGCUCACUGUUAUGAUGGCAGCACUUCUUGUCUAG